UUGUAUCCUCCUUCGUCUCGUUCUCAUCCAUUCCGAGCUCCAGCUCUCCAACUCACUAGCUCUUAACAUACUACUGCCUCGCUACACGCCUACACAGCUGCACCAACGCCACAACGCCCUCUCGACGCUAGCUGCGAGCCAUGGACACAGUUGCCGCCUGGCCGCAGUUUGAGGAGCAAGACUACAUGACGGUGUGGCCGGAGGAGCAGGAGUACCGGACGGUUUGGUCGGAGCCGCCGAAGCGGCGGGCCGGCCGGAUCAAGUUGCAGGAGACGCGCCACCCGGUGUACCGCGGCGUGCGACGCCGUGGCAAGGUCGGGCAGUGGGUGUGCGAGCUGCGCGUCCCCGUAAGCCGGGGUUACUCCAGGCUCUGGCUCGGCACCUUCGCCAACCCCGAGAUGGCGGCGCGCGCGCACGACUCCGCCGCGCUCGCCCUCUCCGGCCAUGAUGCGUGCCUCAACUUCGCCGACUCCGCCUGGCGGAUGAUGCCCGUCCACGCGACUGGGUCGUUCAGGCUCGCCCCCGCGCAAGAGAUCAAGGACGCCGUCGCCGUCGCCCUCGAGGUGUUCCAGGGGCAGCACCCAGCCGACGCGUGCACGGCCGAGGAGAGCACGACCCCCAUCACCUCAAGCGACCUAUCGGGGCUGGACGACGAGCACUGGAUCGGCGGCAUGGACGCCGGGUCCUACUACGCGAGCUUGGCGCAGGGGAUGCUCAUGGAGCCGCCGGCCGCCGGAGGGUGGCGGGAGGACGACGGCGAACACGACGACGGCUUCAACACGUCCGCGUCGCUGUGGAGCUACUAGUUCGACUGAUCAAGCAGUGUAAAUUAUUAGAGUUGUAGUAUCAGUAGCUAGUACUACUAGCUGUGUUCUUCCACCAGGCGUCAGGCCUGGCAAGCAAUCUCAAACCAUGAAUAUGCAAAAAAAACUGUGUUCUUCCAGAUAUGGGAAGAAGAGAGAGUAAGCGUCGGGGGCUAUGUUUUGCCCAAAUGCGAAAGCUCCCGGUUUCUACUUCCAGGAAGGCCGACCGUGGGUUCUUUCUUUGUUCAAUAAAAUAAAUAGAGAAAU